UGAAAUAUUAGCUCUUAUGUGCAAAAGUACGAAUUUAUGAAUGAUAAAUACAUCGUUAGAGUGCAAUGUAAUAUACGAACUAACAAUACACGUUUAUUACUGGAUUUGUUGAGAAAAUGAACCUGAAGGUUGCUGAUCUAGUUUUACAUACAGCUUUACUAGUGGUUUGUAUUUAUGCCACUGGCAUGAUCGCAAGUGCGAACGACGACUGGCACUUUGACGGUCAAAAUAUAGCAUUACACUAAAAUGUCAGUCAGCUACCUGAAACGUACUGUGACGAUAAUCAAUUUCACAAGUGUUAUCCCGCAAGUUUAGCCGUUGACGGAAAUACAGACGGUUAUUUUAAACAUGAUAGCUGCAGCCACACAAUCGGUAAUUCAAGCGUCGAUAUGCAUCAUGGACGGUGGAUCUGGGAAAACCAGUAAACGUGACUGGAAUUCUUAUAUACAACAGAGAUGGGAAGUAAUUUGUUGCAAUGUUUAAUAUUUUAGCUAUUAAAAACCUUAUGUUUACCCACCUAAAUGAUGAACUUUUAUCGUUGUUUUAUCGGAAGUUAUGUAAAGAGUACAUGAAACAUAAAUGAUAAAUGAAAUAACUGAUAUUCAUGUUGUCAGAUUAAAGUGGCAUAAAUCAGUGUCCAUUUUAUUGAAUAUUAUUCUGCUUGACAUUUUGUGAAUUAUACUGCAGAGGGCGCAAUACCUAUUAACAAUUGUGUAUAUGUGUAUGUGUGUGUGCGUUUGUUUACCCUCGCCACCGGGUAAUCCCAUAUGGGCGAGAAAACAGUUGUAUAUAUAUUCGUUAUUCAAAUCAAAAACGUUCAUAAAAAUCACAGCAACUUUAUCUUGACUUAUUUAAAAUUGCAAAUAAAGAAAAUACUUUCUAAAAUGUUCCUUAAUAUAUGUUAUUUGCUCUACCUUUUCUGUUUUAUACAGAAAAGCGGCAUAUCCUGAUAAAAAGUAUACGGCCUAUUUCUUAUUGUUGAUUACUUUAAUAUAUACAACUAGUUAUUGACUUACGAGUAUAAUGCGAAGUUUCAAGUACUAACUUGAAACAAACCUAAUAAAAUGUUGUAUAACAUCUUCCCAAUUUCAAAUUACAGACGAGAAAGUUCAAUUAAUGAAUUUCCAGAUAUAUGGAGAUGAUUCAUUGUUUCACAACAGUUCCGGCACUGACGAAUACAACGAAGACAUGCUUACUUUUAAACUUGAUGGGUUGCGUACCUUUUCUACUAUAACAAUACUACUUCCAAAAGAACAUGGUUAUUCAGACGGAGGGAAUUAUUAUUUAACUUUAUGCGAAGUUCAAAUUUACGCAGUUCCACGUCCUGCGUGCGAUGAAAGACAAACAAACGUUAUAAACGGUCAAACGCAGAUAUACAACAACUCUGGCAGGGUAAUUGAUAAUGAGUAUACUGUCGGUACAAUCAUUGAAGUAGACUGUGAGGAAGAUCUUCACCUCGAUGGACCACCACGUUUUCAGUGUCUGGCCACAGGCAAAUAUAAUUAUCCAAUUCCGAAAUGUGUUGAGGCGUGUGUACCAAUCCCAAAACCUAGCAAUGGCCACGUGCUUCCGGACCUGUUGUUAUAUGAAGUAAAUACCACAUUAAAAAUCGUCUGUGACGUUGGCUAUGAAACUCUCAAGACGGACACUAUUCAUUGCCAAAAUGACGGCAAAUGGGAAAGUCCGAUUCCGACUUGCCAACGUGUUUAUUGUUUACUUCAAAGGAAAACUGAACAUGGAUAUUAUAGUUUAAAUGGACACACAGAAAUUGAAAACGUUUCAAUUUCAAGAUUGGCAUACUUGACAGAAGUAAUAGGAUUAUGUGAUACGGGUUAUACGAGCAAUCAUUUCCAGAAAAGAAUAUGCAAUAGUGACAAGACCUGGAGUAAUCAGGAAACAGCAUGUACGCCUGUCCAAUGCUCUCAUCCUCGAAAUAUCAGUAAUGUUGUCUAUACUUUCAAAAACGGCAGUCAGAUAGUCCCUGAAACGACAUUCGAUUACAAAACAGUGCUGAAAGUAUCUUGUAAAAUAGGAUAUACUGUAAUUGGUCAGGCAAAUCGAACAUGCGAAAGAGAUAAAACAUGGAGUGGUAAAGAUUCAGAUUGCCUAGUUGUUACUUGUGACUUUCCAGGAAACUUUGACAAUGGUCAUUAUAUAACAAGAGAUUAUAAUACCUCGGGGAGAAAUACACUUACGCCCUAUCUUACAGGUAAACUUGACUUUUCUGCAGUGAUUGAGGCAGUUUGUGAGAAAAAGUUCAUGUUAAAAUCACCAAAUAGUACACGACAAUGUACACAAACAGGACUGUGGCACGGUGAGAAGCCUGUUUGUGUUCCCAUAAUGUGCAAAUGGCCUUUGAGUCUUGAGAACGGAUAUUAUCAAGCAUCAAAUAGUCCAACAGCACGUGGAAUGUCGUAUAAUACGACGCUCAUGGCUAUAUGUAAUGAGACGUACAAACUAUCUGAAAACUACAAAGAUAGGCGAUGUAAUGAAGACGCGGUCUGGGACAGUUCUCCUGCAGUCUGUGAGCCAAUGUGCGUAUUACCAGCCGUGGAAAAUGGCCAGUUCAUAAAUGUGCCUUCUACAGAGUUUUCGUUAGGAACAACACUUCGUUUUACUUGCGACCCUGGAUUUAUAACAGGAUCGACUAACGAUACUAUCACAUGUCAACAAAAUCAUCAGUGGAGCGCAACACCGGUUUGUCAAGAACCAAUUUGCAUUUUACCAACCGUGACAAAUGGAAAGUUUUCGAAUGUGUCAUCCAUACAUUUAUCGUCUGGAGCAUCAGUUCGUCUGACAUGUGUCUCGGGAUACAGAGCAACAUCAGAUACAAUUAUUUGCCAAGGGAAUCAUGAAUGGAACGUGACUCCCGUGUGCCAAGCACAGUCUGGAGCUAGAAAGAACACAGUGAUAUAUGGUGUUGUAUCUGUCGUAGUGGUAAUGAUUGUGGCAGUAACUGCAGGACUCUGUUACUGCAAGUUUAUAAGGUAGGUAACGAAAGUAGCAUAUCCUGCAAGUUUUAAAAGUAGGUUGAUAUGAAAGUAGCAUAUCCAUGAACUUGGUUACUGCAAGUUUAAAAAAUAUGUAAAUAAAGUAGCUUUCAUGAAAUCGGUUAUUGCAAGUUUAAAGAGAACGUAACGAAAGUACUCGUUUACUGCAAGUUUAAAUAUUAGCAUAUUCAUUACAGGAUUUAACUUUUUCUGCUGUUCAUGCAUGUGUUAGCCUUGCCAAAUAACGCACAAAUUAAAGAAAUCCCCUUUCGGGUUCGAAGUUAGAUGUGUUGUGCAUUUUAAAGCUGGUGCUUAAUGGGAAUGUCCACAUUAUAAUUGACCAUUAACCUAUUUCAGUAAUUCUUUUUUCAGCUUUAAUUUAAUAAGUUUAGUCUUAUCACUUACAAUUUCGAACACUUUGAAAGAAACUGAUCGAAGUGAGAAAUUGAAAGCUCACACUUGAAUGUUUUGUUUAGAGAUUAGUAACUGUUAUCACCGUUAUCUAACUUGAUCGACUGCUUUCUGACUCUAUCAAGAUGCAGCGCUAUAUCCGCGAGUUCCACAAUUGCUUAAAAACAUAUGUUAACAUCAGACAGGUCAGCCAGUUGUUUUUUUUUUCUUCAAAUUUCCUGUCGUAAUAUAUUUGAUUUUUCCACGCAAUUGAGACAAUUCCAAUUUUUCAACACUAAU